AUGGGAGACCAAAUGGACUAUCAUCCUACUCCUCUUGGAAACUGGCUUGAAGACCUCUUCAACAAGUUGUUUUACCAGCCAGAUGAUGGUCUAAGCAAAAAGGCGAUGGAAGAAGGACUGAGCCCUCAGCUGAAAAUUAGUAUCAAUGGUCAGAAUGUGCCCAAGGAGGCUUAUGAUCAGGUGAUAGCCGAGACACGGCGCACAUACAACAUCAGUGUGCAAAGUAGCCGCGAGCUGCUGGCCUCAUCUGAUGCAACAGAUAACGGCAUUGGUUCUGUUGCGCACAUUCAGACUUUUAUAUUGGAGGACAAGAAAACAGGCACACAACGCAAGCAGACGAGCUUGACCAUUUCUGUGAUUGCGUCUAGUGACGGGGGAAAGCAGUUGAUUGAACUGACAGAGGUUAUGUUGGACCAUUGA